GACUGGAUUUAGCAGUAGAAGUUCGAUCACAGCAGGUUGGCCUACAUCUACAGAUUUGGUUGAAUAUGGGAGGUGGAACAACUCCUAGAGUUCGAUUGGUUCGAUGUCCAAAAUGCCGAUUGCUUCUUCCCGAAGUCGAAGAUGUUCCAGUAUACCAGUGUGGAGGGUGUGACUCAAUUCUCGUAGCUAAAAACCGAAAAGCCAUGGUCGAAAGCAUGUCCCUCUUGCAAGAAACAGGAGCAGCUGGUUCAGAUAAACUGGUUCAUGUGUCUGAAAAUGGAGAAUCUAGAAGCUCAACACCACAGAAGGUUCACUUGAGUCAAGACAGUGCCUCUCAGUCUGGGGAUCUUGAUGAGAAUUCAUCCAUUGAAGGACAAUGUAAUGAUCGAAAAACAUCCGGCGAUAUUGAUAAUAAAUGUGAAAAGCUUGAUGAAAAUGGAUCAAAUGAAGGGCGGGAAGAUGGAAGUGGACAAUUACAGUUGGAAUCUUCAGAAGAUUGCAAUGUUCAGCAGCAAGGAGUUUCCAUUGAAUGCUUUUCACCCGCUGAACUUCAUCAUGAGAAUGAAGAGUUGAUGGUAGAAGAGGCAAAUGACAAAACAUUGCAGUUAGAAAGUGUUUACACGGGAUCAAAGUCUAACAACAAAAUCGAUUCCAAUAUCCGAGACUCGAGCUUUGACGACCCAGAUGCUGCAAGAGAGAGUAAUUUAACUGUUACUGCUAGUGCAGCAGCAGGGGAAGUCAUUUCAUCAGAUAACCUCUUCUCUUCUCCGAAUGGACUGAUGGAGCAACCUCAGAGAAGUAAUCAUCGUGUGUUCGACCACGUAAGCCCUACAGAGUCCUUCAAAACUUCGGAUUUUGUUAGCCCUGGCUCAGAGCUCAGUGAUCCUGAUCUUGGAUAUUCGUCUAAAUCGACUACCACACGAACCUCUCAUGCUAAUGAUGGCAGUAUCUCUUCUUAUGAUGGAAUGGAUGAUCAAUUCCUUGACCAGAAAAUACAUUCAUUCAAGAAUAAUUAUAGGGCUGCUAACUAUCUUGUUCCCGAACCCGAAGAAAGGAAAAGAAAAGAAAAGUUGCCUGCCAAAGGCUUGAUGAAUGGUAAUGCAAGAAAUUUCUCAUCAGAAUUAUCCAAUAAGAAACUUUACGGCACAGCAAAAUACAGCAAGUGGCAUCGAGAUGAAGCACUAGAGCCAGUAUUGCAUCAGCGUCCACCCAGAAGCUGGAUGAAACUAGUGAGAGAUGAAUAUCCAUCUCGACAUCCUUUCUUUCAAAGGGCAUCCUUGCGUGGAUACGAAAAUGCCGGCCCUUCACGUGGAUUGCAUGAUGAGUUCCCUGAGUACAGUGAACAAGAGAACAUGAAACUUUUAAGAAUGGUUCGUGAACUGCAGGAUCAGAUUAGCAAAACAUGCAAUCUGAAUGGAAGAAAGACCACAGGAAGGGCUUCCAUUGAUGUACCUUGGAGGCAAAAGCAUUGUCCUACAUAUUACUAUCCCCAGGAAGAAAAAAUUUAUCCAAGGCAUGAGAUUGACAACUCCUGUACAUGCUUCCAUCCUCAAAGGUGGCCGUGUUCAGAACAAUUGCCUCCACCGAUGUUUCGACAAAGCCAAGGAUAUUGUAGAGCCCACUCAGGCCAUCGUUGUCAUAAUUGCUACAGCUAUUGCCCCUCUAGUCCCCAUAGAUAUUUAAAGUCCCAUUUUUCUAAUUGGAGCCAUGAAAUUAUAUCUGGUGCUCAGAGGUAUAGAGAUCACGAGUUGAAGGGGUAUUCGAGAGACAAACAUUACUCAGUUAGGCGACAUGGCCAGCCAACUGCCGGUGGAGCACCAUUUGUAACUUGUCAUCAUUGCUUCAGACCACUGGAGCUGCCGGGUGAUUUUCUACUUUCCAAAAGGAGGUUCCAUCAGCUAAGAUGUGGCGGUUGUUCCAAGGUACUUACAUUUUCACUUCAAAAUGGAAAUCAUAUCGUUCCUUAUGAACCGGUUGGGAACAGAACCUCCACCAUGCGAAGUUGAGACCUGCAGAGAUGCGAUUACCUGCAUCAAGAAUAUAUUGAUAUCAGCAUCUUGUAAACUCAUAUUUGAGAGUGCACAUGUCUUCCUCUGAUUAUGAUGGAACAUUCAUGUAAAACCUUAGCUUCUGGCAGCGGGCUGAAAUUGAAUAGCAUUGAUCUGAUUCUUUUGUAGUAAUACAGAACACCAGUGUAAUACCAGUGUUUAACAUUGCAUGAAUGCAUCAUAGACUGGUUGAAAACCCAGAGAUUUAAACA